AUGACAGCUGGAGAAACAGGAAGCCCAACAGAGUACAAAAUUGGAGAAGAAGUCUGGCUCAAUGCCAAAAAUGUAAACUUGAAAACCCUUAGUCCCAAGUUAACAGAACAAUGCCUGGGACUGUUCAAAUUCAUUGAGAAGAUCUCUGACUGUGCCUAUUGGCUAGAGCUCCCACCAACAAUGCGCAUCCAUGAUGUCUUCUAUGUGGGCCUACUUUCCAAAGUCAGAAGAGACAAAAAUUGCACCUUUGAAAACUGUCCCCCACCUGUCACCUUGGACAGGGAAGAAGAAUACAAAGUAGAAGGCAUCACUGACACAGAGGAAUGCAAUGGAAAAUGGUAUUUUAGGGUCAAAUGGAAAGGAUACAGCUCUGAGGAAAACACAUGGGAGCCAAAGGAAAACCUAAAAAACACCAAAAUUUUUUUGAAAAAGUACAAAAAAGAGAUGAAAGAGAAGGCCCUUGGCACUGCCAAAGCCCUUAGAGGGGGGGCAGUGUUGUAG